UAGAGGACUCGAUAGGCGAGGAGAAUUCGAGGAGGAAGCCCAAAUCUCUCGUUUGCCCAGCUGCGUUCUUCUUCCUUUCUCUAGCUCUCUUCUCUCUCGCGGUCUUCCCAUCUAAGAUCCCGAUCCACGGCGGAGUGAUUGAUUGGGAGGAGGCGGAGAAAUAUGAAGAGUGUUUUCUUGAUCAUUCUGUGAUGUUGUUUCUUCCAAGGAAAGAAGCUUCGGAGUAUUGAAUUCUUUCCUUUUCUUCUUCCUUCUCGCUUUUGAUUCGGUUCCUCGUGCUCGGCCUCAAAAACGGUUCUUUUUUUUUUUUUGGGAAAGAUCACAAGCUGUUUACAGAGAGAUCGCCCGCUUUUUUCUUUCCUUUCCUUGCUUCUCAAAUAUUCAAGCUUUUGGUGCCCCUCUCCCGUGAAUGGGAGAGAGGGAGCGAGAAGGUGGGCCGGGAGGUGGGUGAUGCGCGAGUGAGUCGCUUCGCCGGCCUCGUGAAGGGCUCGGGAUAGGCGGAUCGGAUGGCGGCGGAUCAGGACCCGGCAGCGGAGGCCGCCACCGUCGCCCCUGCCGGGAGUGGUUACCUCCAGAAGUUUAGGCUCUACGAGACUCGAUCGAAAUUUUAUAUGGUUGGAAGCAAUAAGAGUAGAACACUGUGGAAAGUAUUAAAGAUUGAUAGGUUGGAGCCUUCUGAGCUGAGUAUUCGUGAGGACCCAACCACGUACUCUGAAAGUGAAUGUUUUGAGUUGCUGAAGCGAGUACAUGAGGGAAACAUUUCCACUGGUGGAUUAAAAUUUGUGACCAAAUGUUAUGGUAUUGCUGGGUUUGUCAAGUUCCUGGGGCCCUACUACAUGCUGCUCAUUACUCGAAGAAGGAAGAUUGGUACUAUAUGCGGUCACACUAUUUAUACUGUCUCCAAGAGUGAAAUGGUUCCACUUCCAAAUUCUGCUGUUCAGUCCAAUUUUGCCUAUUCUAAGGAUGAGAACAGAUACAAGAGGCUACUAUGCAAUGUGGAUCUCACAAAGGACUUCUUCUUCAGCUACUCAUACAACAUCAUGCGCAGUCUUCAAAUGAACCUAUGUAAUAAUGAGACAGGGAUAAUUCUCUAUGAAACAAUGUUCGUCUGGAAUGAGUUUUUGACACGUGGUGUUCGUAAUCAUCUCAAAAACACUACUUGGACUGUUGCAUUAGUUUAUGGAUAUUUUAAGCAGGUUAAACUUUCAAUAUGUGGCAAAGAUUUUUGGUUGACACUCAUUGCUAGACGUUCUCGUCAUUGUGCUGGCACCAGGUUCCUCAAACGUGGUGUUAAUGAGAAGGGUCGUGUAGCCAAUGAUGUUGAGCUAGAACAGAUUGUGUUUGAAGAUAUUUCUAAAGGGGUUCCUGCAGAAAUAACUUCCAUCGUGCAGAAUAGAGGCUCCAUCCCCCUCUUCUGGUCCCAGGAAACUUCAAAAUUAAAUAUCCGGCCUGAUAUUAUCUUGCACAAGAAGGACAGGAACUUUGAAGCUACCCGACUUCACUUUGGAAAUCUUGUAAAGAGAUAUGGCAACCCAAUAAUUAUCUUAAAUUUGAUUAAGUCACGUGAGAAGAAGCCUCGAGAAUCUUUGCUUCGAGCUGAGUUUGCUAAUGCGAUUGAUUUCAUAAAUAAAGAUUUACCAGAGGAGAAACGCCUGAAAUUUUUGCACUGGGAUAUUCAAAAGCAUACUAGAAGAAAAGGUUCAAAUGUGCUGGAAUUAUUAGGCAAAGUUGCAGCAUAUGCAUUGGAUAUAACAGGCUUCUUUUAUUGUCAAAUAACACCAGCCUUGAAAAUUGAGGAUGGUCCUAAGAGUCCAGAACAACUAAGACAUUAUUCUGGAGAAUUGUUGUGCAAUAGUCCAGACAGCUCAGAAGUUACCGUUAGUUCUUACGACAGUUCCUGGAAGGAUGAAGUGCAUAACUCAGAUGUCACUGGAAGUGAAUUUUCUGGAGACAAAACCAAACAAAAUGAAGACAGUUUGGCUGAUGAAGUACAGAACUCUGCUAGCUCUCAAAAUAAAAAUUCUGCAGAUAAAACUAGAUACAAAGGAGACAAUUUUGCAAAAAUACUGAAGUUCCAGAAAGGUGUCCUUAGGACCAAUUGUAUAGACUGCUUGGACCGCACAAAUGUUGCCCAAUAUGCAUAUGGUUUAGCUGCUCUUGGUUAUCAGCUUCAUGCAUUGGGAUUUAUGGAUCUCUUAAAAGUUGAUCUAGAUUCACCUUUAGCUGAUGAUUUGAUGGCUUUGUAUGAGAGAAUGGGUGAUACAUUGGCCCUACAGUAUGGUGGUUCUGCUGCCCACAAUAAGAUUUUUUCUGAAAGAAGAGGUCAAUGGAAGGCUGCAACCCAGUCCCAGGAAUUAUUUAGGACCAUCCAACGCUACUAUAGCAAUGCAUACAUGGAUGCUGAAAAACAGGAUUCUAUUAAUUUAUUCUUGGGACACUUCCAACCCCAGCAAGGUAAGCCAGCAAUUUGGGAGCUGGAUACAAAACAGCAGCGGAUGAUCGGGCAGCAUCAUACCUUUGCUGAUGAAAAUAAAAGAUCUUCAUUUUUCAGGUCAUUUAUCAUAAGAUCCCUAUCAGAUGGCAAUAUUCCAUGUGAAAGCCAUACACCUGUUCCAAGCUCUGAUACUGGACCCAAAAGUCUAGUUAGUUCAGCACUGCCUCCGAGAAUGCAACAAGAGUCAGAUGUCAAAGGUCUUUGUGACUCCACACCAGAAAUUUCAACUUGUGAAAAUGAUAUAUCAUAUUCCAGGUACACACCAACAAUUUCUAAAAGGCAACUUUUCUCAGAUGGUGGACAUGUAUGCUUCAGUGAGCAUAGAUUUAAUGAUUCAAACUGUUCGAACUUCCUGGACUUUGAUUGGCUUUCAUCAUCUGGGAAUUCAUGUGAGGAUGAAGGAUAUGAGAGGUCCUCUCUUAUUAACUCACCAACGGGGAAUCUUUCCACUGAAAAUAUCAUCGAUGAAGAAAUUAACAUUUUGAGUGACGAAGGUCCUAAUAUCGAGGAAGUAGAACCAAAGCAAGGUGAACCUGCCAUUGAUGCUGCACAAAGCUCCAACCUUGGUGAAUUUUCAGAUGGGUUUGCCCAUUGGGUUGCCUACGGAGGGACUCUUUGUUAUUGAUGUCAAAGUACCUGCAUCAUCGCUUAGAUCCUUUUCAUCAUUGCUCUUCUUCCUUGUGAGUUCCGUUGUUGCUCAGUUCCAAUGAGGAUUGAAGGAUGCAUAUAUAUGGAGAUUGAACUAGGAGAAGGAUAAACAACACCCACGACAUUCAUCUGUAAUAUAUUGGUCCCGCACCAGCAUAUUUGGUCUCAGACAAUUUGAUUGGUGUCUCAAAAAACAGUAGUAUGGAUCGGUAUAUAGAUGCAAUUCUUUCAGAGCUAAGCUCCUUUUAUUUUUGUGUCCAACCAGAUGUUUUGUUGUACAUAAUAGCAUAAAUAAACAUGUUAGUGAAUGAGCCCAAAUAUCCAGGAUGUAAUAUUUUGUCAGAAUGUGUUUUUUUCCUGUG